AUGUUUCCUUUGGUGAACCCUCCAAACAGGGUCCUUCAGGUGGAUGCGAAGCUGCUCGACAACGAAAUUUUUGACAUUCUGUCAAGGCAGCUGAAUGAGGCCAUCUCCAACCCGAAACUGCCGCGAUUUUUCCAGAUUCUAAACUCCAGAUACGCUGACGAGCUGCGACUGGCCUUGGAACUAUUUGUGUUCAAAGUGACGGUCUGGAACAAAAACAGCAGCUAUGGUCUGCUGCUCCAGAAUCUGGUGAUGUCGGACGGAGGCGAUCGACGAAGAAACACCAAGUCAGAGCUUUCCAGACUCAAGAAGACGGCCCUCUUGUCGUUUCUGAUCCUAUCUUAUCUGUACAAAAAGCUGGAGUCGCAUCUGUACAGUCUAGACGAGGAUGAUGAGGAAGACCGCACCAAACUGCAUCAAUUUCUGCACAAGAUCAUGGCCAAACUGCAGAGACUCCUACCAGCGCUUCAGAAAUGGUACGCUGGUCUUUCGCUUGCCAACUUUCUUGCUUUCCUGGUCCACGGGCAAUAUCCCAGCCUUAUCAAUAGAGUUCUCCGCAUCCGAUACAAGCCGCUUGUAUCCACACAAGUUUCGUUUGCGUCGAAUCCGGAGACCAUCUCGUACGAGUUCCAGGACAGACAGCUGGUGUGGAACACGCUGACGGAAUUCCUCGUAUUCAUAAUGCCAAUGCUCUCAAUGUCCAAGCUCUCGAAAUCAGUUAUGCGACUGCUGCAGACGGACCAGAGACUGGAGGAAAAGGAAACUAUCUACCGUUUCCUUCCCGAACGGUGCUGCGCAAUCUGCUAUCAAAACACCACUCGCGCUGGCGAGACCGACGCGUCGAUCGACGAGCAUCUUAUCACGAACCCGUUUGAGACAAGUUGCGGCCACGUCUACUGCUAUGUGUGUCUGAUGGCAAAACUUGAGGACGGAGAUCCGUGGCAGUGUCUGCGGUGCGGCGAACGCGUUGAGUUUGUGCGGGUGUUCGACGGCGAGCCUGCUGACUACGAGCCGGACUCCAGCGACCAGGAGUCUGCUUCGGAGUACUCAAGCGACUCCGGCAACGAGUCAGACUCGUCUAAGAGUUUUUCAGAUAAGGUCGAUCAUGUCUAUAACUAA